CACGCGCUUAGAAAUCCCAAUCAACGACGCAGAGUUGAGUGGAGGCAAUGGCGGUGGCCAGCAAGCAGUUGCCCGCGAAAGAGAGCGCGCUCUUUCGUUCCAUCGUGAAAUGCUACGAGAUUAAGCAGUACAAGAAAGGUCUGAAAGCUGCUGAUGCCAUCCUCAAGAAGCAUCCGGACCACGGAGAGACGUUGGCCAUGAAAGGCUUGACGCUCAACUGUAUGGGGCGCAAGGAAGAGGCCUACGAGUUCGUCAAGAACGGGCUUCGUCACGACCUCCGCUCGCACGUGUGCUGGCACGUCUUUGGUCUGUUGUAUCGCUCGGAUCGCAACUACAACGAGGCCAUCAAGUGCUACCGAAACGCCAUCCGAAUCGACCCGGAGAACUUGCAGAUCCUGCGGGACCUGUACCUCCUGCAGGUGCAGAUGCGCGACCUCAAGGGCUUCGCCGAGACACGUCGCACCAUGCUCACGCUCAAGCCCAACAAUCGGAACAACUGGAUCGGCUUUGCCAUCGCGCACCACCUCGUGGGCAACUACCAGAUGGCUAUUGACAUUAUUGACAAGUAUUUCAGUACUCUGGACGGCGAAAGUGUCCCCAAUUACGAAGACAGCGAGAUCUACUUGUACCAGAACCAAUUAAUCGAAGAAGCGGGCGACGCAGAGAAGGCGCUAGCUCAUCUGGAAGAGAACGAGAGCCAGAUCACGGACACGUUAGCGUGGCGUCAGAAGAGAGGACAGUUCUUGUUGCAGCUGGAGCGCUACGACGAGGCUCGCGCGGUCUUUGAAGAGCUGCUGGAGAUCAACUUUGACAACGAAGAGUACCAGCGUGGCGUGCAAUGUUCUCUUCUCCAGCGCAAAGACCUGUUUGUAGCUAAGUCUGGACACAAGAAGACGCCGUUGCUGUCCGAGACGAUCGACUUUAUUAAGGAGGCGAACGGAGCUGAGUUGGAGAAGGCGCUAGUGGACUUCUACGCCGACAAGAAGACGACAAUUGGAGCCACGUCGCUGAUCUCGCUGCGGUUCCCGUUGGAUUUUACACGCGGCGCCGAGUUUCAGACGAACGCAGACGUGUUUAUCAAGAGACAGUUGAACAAGAACGUGCCGUCGUUGGGAGCAGAUCUCAAGCCUUUGUAUGCCGACAAGGACAAGGUGAAGACGCUGGAGGAGCUGAUUCUCGGAUACAUCAAGACGUUGGAAGCCAAGCAGCCACUGGACAUGGGAGACAACUCGAUGGCGGCCAAUAACACGGAGCAAGUGCUGCUGUGGACGAACUACCUCGCAGCGCAGCACUACGAUCGCUUGGGUGAUUACACGAAGGCUAUCGAGUACAUUGAGAAGUGCAUUAAGCAGGAGCCAACGCUACUGGACUUUUUCCAGCGCAAAGCUCGCAUUUUGAAGCACAUGGGCGACCUGAACAAGGCUGCGGACGUGAUGGUGGAAGGUCGCAAGCUGGAUCUGGCCGACCGAUACAUCAACAACAAGGCGACGGAGUAUCUGCUGCAUGCUGACCGCGUGGAAGAAGCUGACGCUACCAUUGCGCUCUUUACUCGUCACGAAGGAGACCCGCAGCAGAGUCUGUACGAGAUGCAGUGCAUGUGGUACGAGAUCGAGUGUGGCAAGAGCCAACUGCGUCAGAAGAAGUACGGACUGGCAUUGAAGCGCUUCUUCGCGGUGGAGAAACACUUUAACGACUUCGUGGAGGACCAGUUCGACUUCCACACGUACUGUAUCCGCAAGAUGACGUUGCGUGCGUACAUCCAGAUGUUGCGUCUGUGUGACGAGAUCUUCGGCCGUCCGUUCUUUGUGGAAGCUGCUCAUGGCGCGAUCGCGUGUUACGAAGCUCUGGAGGAGAAGGAAGCGGAGAAGGCCAAGGAGGAGGCCAAGAUCGCUGCUGCGAACGCCAACAUGUCGGCUGCUGACAAGAAGAAGGCCAAGCGCGCUCUGGCCAAGGCUCGGAAGGCCGAGUUCAAGAGGAAAGAGGAGGAAGAGCUCAACGCCAAGCUACACAAAGAAGUUGAGGACAAGGAGCGUGAAGCUACCAAGAACGGCAAGGCCAAGGCCAAUCCCGGUCCUACACGUGCUAAGGACGACGAUCCGUUCGGUGACAAGCUCGCUGCGAAGCCUGCUCUGGAGGAGGCUUGGCGCUUCGUGUCCAUCCUGCAACGUUAUGCGUCGGAGGACGUCAAGACGCACUUGGCUGCGUUCGAUAUUGCGCUCCGUAAGCAGAAGUUCUUGCUGUGUUUGCAGGCUUUGCUGAAGGCCCAGAAGCUCGAGAACUUGUCUGUGGAGACCAAGAAGGAGCUGAGCUCUCGUCGCGCUGUGUUCCUGGACCAAGUGAAGCAGGUGACAAACCCUACAGUGCUCAAGGUCAUCAACGAGAAGAAGACGGAGCUUGACGGUUAG